AUGGUCACCUCACUUGAGAAAAGGCUCCAAGAAGCACUAGACUCCCGGCAGGCACGCUCAAACCUUAGGUCAUUAGAUCUCAUUCCUGCUUGGGCUCCCAAAAAUAAUUUGAUUAGCUUAAAAACAACCUUAAUAGAUUUCUCUUCCAAUGAUUAUUUGUCAUUUGCUUCUUCCCCCCAUCUCCGUCAUUUAAUCCAUAAGAAUCUCUUGAAUGCUAAAGAAAACCCUUUAGGUCCAUCUAGCUCUAGAUUACUUGAUGGUAAUACUUCUCUUCAUCAAAACCUGGAAAAAGACUUGACAAAAUUCUUUAGGGGUCAAGCAGGUUUAUUAUUCAAUAGUGGCUUUGAUGCUAAUAUUGUCUAG